GGAUAAGUUAUCCCCACCUCAGAACUCAUCCAUAUUCUAUGGCACCUUAAGGCGGAUUAACUCGGAAGGGGUAUAAAUAAUCCGGGUGUAUUUUGUGCCAUCCAAACCAAGGCAAACGUGGGAUUCUGUGCCUAUCUGGGCAGAUGAACUAUGGUCCCUUGCUAUGGCUGCAUCUAAUUGUGAAUCUAAAAGUUAAAAAAUUACGAUCGAAUUCUAAAUUUUUUUGAAUGUAGACAAAAAUAAGUUAAUAAAUAAUUUUUUUUAAUCUUUUAGCUAUGAAAAAAUUACUUUUCGGUAUCUUCUCGUUAAGUCGAACUAAUAAUUCACAAAAAAUUGAUGUGAAACUAGCAAAUGUAAAUUUUUUUUGAAUAAAGACAAAAAAGUCAAUUUGGUUAUUUAGCCAAAAAGCCCCUAAGAGCAUCCACAUUAAGCUUUUUACAUUUUGGAUCAAUUUACACCUUAAAAAGUUAUUUUAUUACUUUAGCUAUCUAUUUUUAAAAUGACUAUUGUAUCAGCCUCUUUAUAUUAAAACUAUCUCUUCUUUAUUUUAAGAAAAGAGGCAUGAAACAAACCCACCGAAAGAAAUAACUUUAGAAGUGCAGGAAAAAUAUUAAAAAAGUGAGAGAGAGCUUUUGAAGUGCAAGAAAAAUAUUAAAAAAGUAAAUAGCAAGUGAUCAGUGCCACUUUGCUGUUAAAGAGUUACUGUAGCUUUUUAUAUUAUUGAGUGCACCAAGCGAGGCUGGUGCAGGAGAUUUUCCAAGUUUUUCCUCUCCACUUUAGCCUAAAGGGGUCUUUAAAGAGUUUGAUACAGAUGUUCUAAGGUCCCGGAAAGCAUUGGGAUGUACGCUAUAUACAUACACAAAUAAGUACAAUGAAUUUUGACUCAAUUAAUAAUAGGAUAUUGAUUUUGACACUUCAAAAAUUACUGUCAGUGCUUCAAAAGUGGAGUGCCUAAAUCAAUUUCUAAAAAUUUAGGAUUUGAUUUAGACACUCCACUUUUAGAGCGUUGACAGUAAUUUUUGGAGCUCCAAAAUCAAAAUCCUUCGUAAUACUCCUUUUAUUCUAUUUCUUAACGCUGUACUUACAAUAAAUACUACUAUAUAAGUAAAUGAAUCAAACUGACCCAAAACUAUAUAAAAAAAUGUAUAAGAAAUAGGUUGCAAAAUGUAUGAAAACGUUGUACUAUGUUAUUUUAUGGAGAGUGAUUUUCGCAUUCUUUUUUUUUAACCGCACUCUUUCUUUUGUCUUUUAGUUAUGUAAAAAUAAAAUAUUAUUCUUAAAUAUGCCAAAAAGUGAGAUCAUUAAAGGACAAUGUCGUAACUUCAUAUGAAUCACGACAAAAAAAGAAAUGUGGUUUUAAAAAAGAGUAUGAAAAUCGCUCUCCUAUUUUAUUUGACAAUUAUAUGCUGAUUUUGGCGCUCAACUAUUUACGUAAAGUUAAAUGUGCACUAUUUUUUACGUGAAGUUACUGGUAAUUUUAUGUGCCUAAUGCAUGCGUACAAAAGUGAAGCGCGAAAAUCAACAAACAAUGAUCACGAAAUCAAUUUUCUUAUUUAAUAAAUAAUGAUAAGAGAGUGGAAGAUUGUUAUUUGCAUCUUCUUAAUAAAGGUUGGUGGGUGGCGGGUGCAUGAUCAGCAUGGAUUGUUACUUUUUUGUUGCUUUAUUAAACUAGUCACUUUAUUACGUGUAUACGCAUUUACAAAACCAAACAACAGCAACUCCCUUUUACUCUCUCUCUCUCUUUCUCUCUCUGUGAAAGGCUCAAUCUGGCAGUCUCUUUCUAAAAAUCUAUAGCUUCCGGGCGAAGAAAGCACAGUAAUACUCCAGUAUUAAAAUGGAUCACGGUAAACCAGUGAAGGCAGCAGCGACGAUGUCCUUCACAGACAUGAAGAAAAGUCAGUCGGUAUUGGACUUCGAAGAGCUCUUAACUCUCACUGAGGUUGAUCAGAAAGUCGGCGACGAAUUUCCCUCUCAUAAACCACUCGAUGAUGUUUCCGUCCUCACCGCCGAAAGCUCCGCCGCUGCCAAUCAUACUACCUUUCCUUUCAGAAAUCAGGAGAUAAUGAACAAUUUUCCAAGCUGCACUGGACUAACGGAUACCCUUCUUUGGUCUCCAAAUAUCACUUCCAAGCAGUCCAGCAUGUCAACACCUAUUGAUUCGCAGUCAUCUAUAUGUGUGAGUAGUCCUAAUUCAGCUACAAAACCGAAAGGAAGAUAUAGUCAAGCAACAGGAACAACCAGUGGUUCCUCAGGCGAGCAAUCAGAUGACGACGAUAUGGAGACAGAAGCUGGUCAGUGUGAACAGAGCACUGACCCUCUCAACGUAAAACGCAUGAAAAGAAUGGUUUCGAACAGGGAGUCUGCUAGACGCUCGAGAAGUAGAAAGCAAGCACAUCUGGUAGAACUUGAGCAGCAGGUUGAUCAGCUGCGGGGAGAGAACGCAACAUUGUUCAAGCAACUUACAGAUGCUACCCAGCAAUUUAAAGAUUCUACCACCAAUAAUCGUGUGCUUAAAUCAGAUGUAGAAGCUUUGAGAGCUAAGGUAAAACUGGCUGAAGAUAUGGUUGCAAGAGGCUCGUUAACAUCUACUUUUAGUCAUCUUCUACAAAAUCAUUUGAGCACUCCCCAGUCGUUUGGUAGUCAUAAUAUGUGCAGGCUGGGUAAUGUCUCACCGACAAUCAAUGUAGAGGGAGAUGAUGUCUCGUUUCCUGGAAUGAUGCAAAAUUCAACUCUUGGAGUUCAAAAUGCCGAUGCAUUUAGUGGCAGUGUCAAUAACGGAGUUAUCAAUGAUACUGUCAGCUGUGUGUCAGACAAUUGGGCCUGGGAUUCUCAUUUACCUACCAUGUCCAAAUAGAGCUAAUGUUCUGGAAUUUCCUGAUUUUUCUCUUAGACAUUCUCCGUUUUCCUUUUCUUCUCUUUAUUUUGCUGUUUUACCUUCUUUUUUUCCACUUCGGUAUUGUGGUUUGCAUGGGACACUGUUGUUUCCUUUGUAUCUCGGAUUCUAUAAGCUAGUGUGCAAACUUGAAACUAAAUAUCCCACAUUUGAACAUUGUAGUUGUUGGAGUAACUUUGUUUUGAACAGAACACCAAAGUGGGUAUUUACUA